ACCUUAGUUUCCUUUCUUUAUUCUCAAUUAUCAGUUUGUACCCAAUAGUAACAAACAACAAACAAGACCAACGCUAGUUUAGAAAAGAAGAUAAGGUCCUUAAUUUUUUGACUUGCUGAAAUUAAUGGAGAGCUCUAGCAUGGAAGCAGAAGCUUUGGAGAUAUUUGAGGUUGGUCCUUGUGAAGAUGCUUACACAAUGGGCUACAUGAUAGGCCAGAGGUUUUCAAACAAGAUAAAGAGCAGGUUGGCCAGAGACCUCAUUCUUCAAGACCAGCUCCUCCCUUUUGCUCAGACCCCAGAGUCACAGCCACUCAUUCAGUCUCUUACUGAAAAUCACCGGAGCAAGUUUCCAAGGUAUUGGGACGAGCUCGUAGGAACUGCAGAGGGAAGUGGUGUGCCAGUUCUUGAAAUAAUGAUGAUCAACUUUAGGAAGGAGAUUCUUCCAUUUCUUCCAAAGACGGUGAUGAAUUGCAAAAUAGAUACCCCGGAUGACUGCUCUGAUGUUCUUGUUGCUAGCGAUUCCAUGGCAAUUGUGGCUCACAAUGAGGAUGCAAAUGUUGCUCUGGUUGGCCAUACCUAUUUGGUAAAAGGAACUCUGUCAAAUGGGAUAUCAUUCAUUGCUUAUACAUAUGCCGGAGAGCUCCCUAGCUGUGCAUUCGGCAUCAACAGUCAUGGUCUGGCAUUUACGUUGAAUUCGGUACCCCCAUCUGAAAGUGAGAUUGUUCCUGGAGGCAUUGGGCGGAACUUUAUUUCACGAGACCUGCUUGAAGCAAAGAGCAUUAUUGAUGCAUUAUGUAGAAUUGAAUCAGCAGAAGUUUCUGCAGGACAUAGUUACAAUCUGAUUGAGACAAGGACACGAAGAAUUAUCAAUGUAGAAACUGCAUCAAAGAACCGGGUUUCAGUUUAUGAGGUUGGAGAAACACCAUUCUUCCAUGCAAACAUGUAUCUUCAUCUCCAGGUUAAUCAGGUACAUGAUGAAAAUUCAUUAACAAGGCAAAGGAAAGCAACUAUGCUACCUAAAGGCUCCAAAGAAGAUGUCCUGUCACUUCUAGGAGAUACAGACGAGCCAACAUACCCCAUCUACAUGACAGGUCCAACGCUUUACACUCUAUGCACAGCAGUGAUAGACCUCGAUGAACAAACCCUAUCAAUUGUUGAAGGAAACCCGAAAAAAGGAGAAAUCUCUCACAUCUUCUCUACGUGUUCAGAAGAUUUCAAGAUGCCAUAACAAAAGCUCAAAGUCUAGCUGCAUUCUUAAGGGUGUAGCAUCUGGAGCUCCUAUGCAGGUUCAUAGAGGCCUAAAAUGUGCCCAUCAAGACAGCGCAUUGCUGCAACCUGGACACAAAGAUUGUUACAUAAAUUUUUGACAAUUCAGAGAAUAAGUUAUGUCACAAUUGUUAUUCAUUA